AUCAAAAGAGAAAUUCAUCUCGAAGGGGUAGUAACAAACAUAAGCAAUUUCGCAAGCUAGGUGGAACUACGGGUUUGUGCUACAAGCUAGUGUUUGUAGCUUUUAUUAAAUUAGAUGCUCGUGAUGUUCAUAGCCAGGUUUCGUAUAGUUUCAAGCUUCUUGAAAAAAUCAGGUACAAAACUGCACUACUUAGUUGUUACAGAAGC